GGAGAGAGCGGGAGGUACCACCCCACUUGCCGCCGUCCCGCGGGUCGGCGGCCGGGGCGGGGAGCGCCCGGGGCCCGUGGGGCGGCCGGAGCCGGAAGAGCGGGGCGGGCGACCCGUUCCGCCCGCUGCAUUGUGGGAGACGGCGGCGCUUCCCGCCUCGGGUAGAAGCGAGAUCGCGUCCCGCGCCUCCGGCUGGGGUCGUCUCGGACGUCGUCCGGCGGCCAUUGUCUGGGGCCGGGCGUCCGCCGACAUGAGACUCUUCGCCGUUCCUCUUCUUCUGUCCGCCUGCGCCUGCUGCUCGGCCGUCCGCUGGUUGUCCCUGGCCGACGCCUCCUUCUCUUGGAACGACACUCGACGCUGCGUCCAGGCCAAGAACCGACGACGUCUGCACGCGUCGCAGGUCAAGUUCUGCAAGAGGCAGCUGGACUCCAUGCCCUUCGCCUCCAUGGCCGCCUACCGCGUGGCGCGAGAGUGCCACCAGGUCUUCUCCUCCGACAGAUGGAACUGCUCUUCGGUCUCUCUUGCACCGAAUCUGACCCCCGACCUCACCUCGGGUACUCGGGAGCAGGCCUUCGUCUACGCCCUGGCAUCGGCCGGUUUGGUCCACUCUCUGGCCAGGGCCUGCAGCGCCGGCGCCCUGAGCGGCUGCGGCUGUGGCCCGCUGCCUCGGGAGCCCCCCUCCGGGGAUUUCCGAUGGGGAGGAUGCGGAGACGACCUCCGAUACGGAUUGCAGUUGGCCCGGCAGUUCGUCGAAGCGCCCCUCCGCGGUAAGGCCGCGGCCCGCGGGCCCGGCGCCGCCGUCGACCGCCACAAUGGACGGACCGGAAGAAGGGUGGUGGCCACCAGUCUGAAGACGCAAUGCAAGUGCCACGGGGUGUCGGGAGCCUGCAACGUCAAGACUUGUUGGAAGGCUCUGGCACCCCUACAAUAUGUGGCUCAGCGCCUGAAACUCAAGUACAAAGCGGCGGUAGAAGUGAGCGUGCGACAUAUGGGAUCCAAGAAGAGACUAAAACCGGUCAGCGCCAGAAUUGCCACCUUCGGCAAGGACGAUCUGAUUUAUCUGACCAAAUCUCCCGAUUAUUGUCUCCCGGAUGCCAAGACCGGAUCGGCGGGCACCCGUGAAAGGACGUGCAACGCCAGUUCUACGGGAACGGAUGGAUGCGAUUCUAUGUGUUGUGGGCGAGGAUACCGGACGAUGGUGGAGAAGAGGGUGGUCCAGUGUCGUUGCAAGUACCACUGGUGUUGCUACGUGGAGUGCCAGAGGUGCGAGACGGAGGUGAAACUGCACCUAUGUCGAUGACCUUCGCUCCGUUUAGUCUCGCGCUUUAUUUAUAGGGGUGGGAGGUCCGAGAGCCGAACCACUUAUUUUAUUUAUUGGAGGGACGACGAGGGCUCGGACCGGCUCCCGUUUAUAUAUAUAUAUAUAUAUAUAUAUAUAUAUAGGCCUAUAUAUAUUUUUGUUUUUGGGAAGUCGCGGUGGGGACGACCGGAGCCGCCUCCUCCGAUAAAUUUCGAAGGUUCCGGACGUUCCGCGCCGCCGGAUGCUCCUGAUGGAAGCGAAUUGCCAUUUACUCGGGAAUUAAGUAGGACGCGGCAAAUUUAUUACGUAAUUACGCGCCGGACGACGCCGCGCUAAUUGGCACUAAAGACCGCGGACGGCAUUCCGAUAAGUAAAUAAAUAAUAUGUCUUCCUUCCCCCUCUCGGAACGUCCGCCGGUUCUCGUUCCGACUGAGACUUCCGGUCGGGACCGGAAGUUCCCUUUCGACCGGCGACCGCGCCGAAUUUUCAUUUCGUUUAUAAUAAACGAGACUUUUUUUUUUCCAUA